AUGCACUUGCCAGGUAUUCAACAACAGAACAUUACAUCAGCCCGGCCAAAUCCCCACCUUGUCCCAAAGACCGGGUUCAGUAACACGGAAUCUAAGCUAAUUGAUUACGCUUUGGUCUGCGACGAGGGUUUGAUCCCAUCACAUCUUGUCCAGCAGGUGCUUGCGGAUUCAUGCAACGAGAUUGAUAGUAUCAACCACACAAGCGCGAGCGUACAAAGUUUGAGACAAGACCAUAUCGCGGUUUCCAUCGAAACAAAAACCCCAAACGGCAGCGAAUCAACUGCGCUGGCAUAA